AUGUCCAUGAGGAGCCCCGUGUCCCCACCCCCGGAGCUGGAUGGAGCGGGCGCCAUGGUGAACUGCGCCAUCAAGACGGAGGAGAAGAAGGAGGGCGGCCCUGAGACCCCGCCGGGGGCUGCCCCCGGUGCCGAGCCCCGGCCCCACGAGCCCCCGGGGCCACUGGCCAGGGAUGGCACUGACCCCCAGGCCCUGCCACAGGAAUCCUGCUCUCCCUCCAGGGACAUUCCCGAGCCCCGGCGCUCCGCCUUCGAGCCGGCCGGCAGUGGCCAGGAGAAGCUGGACUUCAACAGGAACCUGAAGGAAGUGAUGCCAACCAUCGAGAAGCUGCUGUCCAGUGACUGGAAGGAGCGGCUGCUGGGCCGGAACACGGCUGAAUCCAAGGAAGUGAAAGGAACCCAGGAGAGCCUGGCAGAGAAGGAGCUGCAGCUGCUGGUGAUGAUCAACCAGCUGUCCACGCUGCGGGACCAGCUGCUGACGGCGCACUCGGAGCAGAAGAACAUGGCCACCAUGCUCUUCGAGAAGCAGCAGCAGCAGAUGGAGCUGGCCCGGCAGCAGCAGGAGCAGGGCAGCCAGGUGCCCCCCAGCUCCUCGGACGUGCUGUACCCGCGGCCGGUGGGCGUCCAGCUGCCCCCGCCCCUCCUGGAGCAUUACCUGCCCCGUGGCGUGGACCCCACCAUGCCCGUCAUCGUCAACACCCGCAGCCUCAAGGACGGUGACGCCGGGGACGACGGGCACUCGGUGGCCGAGGGGGACAUGUACCGCUACAGCGAGGACGAGGACUCGGAGGGCGAGGACAAGAGCGAUGGCGAGCUGGUGGUGCUGACAGACUGAGGGGGCACAGGGAGGGCAGAGGGGGUGGCAGGUGCCACCACCAGGAGGGCGUGGCGUGUCCUGGCGGGAUGGGACUGAGCCACGGGAGAGCUGCCCGCCUGCACAGGGGGGUCCCACGAGGGUGGGCACCUGGAAUUUUGGGUGGCAAGGGCUGGUUUGGUCAUGCUUUGGUGGCGCGUGGAGCUGAGGCCACCGAGCCUGGAGAUUUGGUGAUGCGGCUGCUGCGCUGUCACCCCUGAGGGGAUCUGGGGCGUCUCCCCAGAGCAUCUCCCAGCCCUGCAGCACCUGUGGGUCCCAGAGAGCCUCACCUGCGCUGCUGGGCACGGACUGGGGACAUGGGCUGGGGGCACG